GUGACGGCGUUGUGACGGCGUUGUGACGGCGUUGUGACGGCGUUGUGACGGCGGCGCGGGUCCAAACUCGUCCUCCAUCGUCCCGGAGAAACCGCUCAGAUGUUCUCACUGGGUCAGGAGAACAUCUCAGCCCCCCCCACGUCCACCAAGGGGCCGGUCAAGUACGGGGAGCUGAUCGUUCUGGGGUGCAACGGUUCGAUGCCCGCCGGCUGCAAGGGUAGGAGGAAAAGCCGCUUCGCUCUGAGUCGCAGGAACAAGCCCAACGGAGUGAAACCCAGCACUGUUCACACCAGCUGCACCCCGCAGGCCGCCAAGGCCGUCAGCAACAAGGAUCAGCACAGCAUCUCCUUCACUCUCUCACGGGGCCAGACGGUGGUGGUGGAGUACAAGCAUGACGGAAACACCGACAUGUUCCAGAUCGGGCGCUCCACGGAGACUCCCAUCGACUUCGUGGUGACAGAUACAGUUCCCGGUGGGCAGGGCCACCCCGGGGGGCAGGGCCACCCCGGGGGCCCACCCGACCCCCAGAUAGGCCAGAGCACCAUCUCCCGCUUCGCCUGCCGCAUCAUCUGCCAGAGGAGCCCGCCGUACUCGGCAGGGAUCUACGCGGCGGGAUUCGACUCGUCCAAGAACAUCUUCCUCGGGGAGAAGGCGGCUAAGUGGCGUCUGCAGGACGGCCAGAUGGACGGCCUGACCACAAACGGUGUCCUGGUGAUGCACCCGCGCCCGGGCUUCAGCCAGGGCUCCAAACCCGGCCUGUGGAGGGAGAUCUCCGUCUGCGGCAGCGUCUUCACGCUGCGGGAGACCAGGUCGGCCCAGCAGCGCGGCAAGCUGGUGGAGUCGGAGUCCAACGAGCUGCUGGACGGCUCCCUCAUCGACCUGUGCGGCGCCACCCUGCUGUGGCGCACGGCGGCGGGGCUGGCAUGCACGCCCACGGCCAAGCACCUGGAGGCGCUGCGGCGGGAGCUGAACGCGGGGCGGCCUCAGUGCCCCGUGGGCCUCAAUACACUGGCCUUCCCCAGCCUGAGCCGCAAGGACGUCCCGGACGAGAGGCAGCCCUGGGCCUACCUGCGCUGCGGCCACGUGCACGGCUACCACGCCUGGGGCGGCCGCCGCCACCCCGAGGUGCAGGCCGACCAGCACCAGCGGGAGUGCCCCAUGUGCCGGGCCAGCGGGCCCUACGUGCCGCUGUGGCUGGGCUGCGAGCCGGCGCUGUACGUGGACGCCGAGCCGCCCACGCACGCCUUCGCGCCCUGCGGACACGUCUGCUCCGAGGAGACGGCGGCGUUCUGGAGCCGCAUCCCGCUGCCGCACGGAACCCACGCCUUCCACGCCGCCUGCCCCUUCUGCAUCCGGCCGCUGGGCGGGCCGGCCGGCGGGGUCCGCCUCAUCUUCCAGAGCCCGCUGGACUAGCAUCAGUAGAAGCAGGACCGCCUAGCUAAGACGAGCUAAGACGGUUCAACUCCCUCCAAACAAGUGCAUUUACUGAGUCGACUGCUGCUCUCGAAACAGCGUUUCACUCCGGCGGCAGCGAAAGGAAGUCCCGUCCUCCGGGA